AUGGACUCCAAAGUAACACAUCUGCGACGGAAUCUGGAUACAGUAAUUACAUUCCUAACUCCCUAUUUACCACUAGCAAACUGCCACAUGGUUGAGUUCUUUACACAGUCACAUUGGGAGAGAUUAUUACCAAGUGAUUUACAGCAGUAUUUAGAUAAAUCUGAUUUUCUUGAUUCUGUUAAUGUAUUUUGGAAGGCAGCAGAAAAUAACAAUUUAUAUUCAGAAAAUGAAAUAACAAAAUGGGUACAAACUACCCGAAACCACUGCCUUAUUAACAAUGAGUACUGUCUGAACCCCCAAGGAUUACAGAAGUUAUUAACGUCACAAGGAAGCAAUAUGCAACCAGAAAUAAAAGUCACCGAGUUUAUGAACAGUAAAAAAAGUUAUGAAGUUCAAUCAAUGUCAGCAUAUGUGGCAUCCCUCCAUAACUUGUGUGGAGCCACACAUUGUGUUGAGGCAGGUGGUGGUAAAGGACACUUGUUGGUUGCUUUGUCGCUUGGGUACCAAAUACCCAGUCUUACUAUUGACUGUGAUGAAAAGACGCUGAGAAAUGCUGAAAAAAGGGUUAAAAUCAUUCAGAAACAAUGGCACGCUAUCGCCAAGAAAAUAAAUCAAAACUCUGAAGUUAAAAUGUCAAACAUUGAUAGUGAAUUACAUAAAUUCGCACCAGCUUUUAUUACCAAGGACACGGAUCUUACAAAAGUUGUGCAGAAUCAGUUUAAAUGUGAAACGGUUAAAUUGUUAUUAACUGGUCUUCAUACCUGCGGGAACCUAGGUCCAGAUUCCUUAAGAUUAUUUACAACAGACCAAAAUGUUGGCGCACUGUUCAAUGUGCCGUGUUGCUACCAUCUGCUAAGUGAGGAGGUGGAUGGGGGAUUAUAUGACGUCUUCCAACGGGAUUAUGGUGGUGUGGGUGAUUCUUAUGGAUUCCCUAUGUCUGAGCAUUUGAGGGGUUUUAAUUUGGGUCGCAAUGCUCGGAUGUUAGCAGCGCAGUCUAUAGAACGAGUAACGACUCGUAAAGAGUUGCCGAACCGGAGCUUGCUGUAUAGAGCUUUACUUCAGGAAAUAAUUAAGAAGCAUUCGCCAGAAUCAACAAUAAAAGAAGGCAAAUUGAAAGGCAUAUCUUGUCAAUCCUUCGAAGAGUAUUUAAAAACUGCGGACGCCAUCUUAAAUAUUGGACUUGACAGCUGUGAAAUACCAGAGACAACAAUAGAUUGCCAGUGGAAAAAAAUAGUUUUGUUCUAUUUGAUUAGGUUAUGUUUAGCGCAAGUGGUUGAAAGUGUAAUUUUAAUGGAUAGAUUAUUGUUUUUGUAUGAAAAUGGAUUUUCCAAUGUGUUUUUGGUUAAGUUGUUCGAUCCUGUGUUAUCACCGCGAUGUCAUAGUAUAGUUGCUAUAAGAUAG